UCCUCAAUAAAAAUGAAGGAUGUUUUUUAAACAAAUUUUUUUUCCCUAAAUAAAGACCUUUUAAACAGUCUCUAAAUAAAAUUUUGCCUACAACCUAAUGAUUUGUGGUUUGUUGUGAAUUUCAGCAUUGCAAUUGAGACAGAGAAUUUGAUUGUACCUAAUAUAGUUUGUUUAUACCUAAUAUAGUUUUUGAUUUCUUGAUCCUUUUCCAUUUUUAAUUAAAAGUUUUGCCGUUGUUUUAACUUACUUAUAUGUGUGGAAAUUAAAACUAAAAAGUAAAAAGUGCUUUUUCUUUGCCAUAAAUUUAUAUUUUCUAAAAUUCAAAAAAAAGUGUUUUAAAAACUGUGUCAUAUUUAUUACUUUAGCUACCUCUCAUUAUAAGUCACCAAAAAUUGCAGGACCAUUCCAGCCUUUGUCUUCAUUAUAUGAUUAAUUUGUUGAUACAUUAGUUCUGGCUGUUGAUGAUGGUUAAUGAUGAGGUUGAUAAUGAUUGAUGACUUGUUGACGAUGCUUGAUGAGUUGUUUAGAAUUAACAACAUGCAGUUGAAAAAUUUUAUUAUAAGCAUGUCAAGAAAUAAACUGACUUCUGAUGAAUUGCUUUCAAAAUUUUGUGGUGAAAUAAGCUAUAAAAUCGGAAGUGAUUGGUUGCGAUGGGGAAGACACCUAGGCUUAAGUGAUUCAGAUCUAGAUAACAUUGGCUCUGAUAAUAAAAGUAUUUAUGAGAAAUGUGAUAAUGUUUUGAAAAAAUGGAAGCAAAAAAUUGGCAACCCUUCAUGGGAGUUAUUAAAAAUAGAGUUAAUAGCUUUUCAUCGUAAUGAUAUAGUAAUUGAAAUUGAGAAGAAAUUUGGAGAUUACUUAUCUAGUCCAAAAAUGGGAAAUAUCAGAAUGGAAGAAAGUAGUGUAUUUCAAAAGAAUGAUGAAAGUAUUCUUUUUAGCCAAGUGUUCAAAUUUAAAUUUAGUGAUAGUGUUGGAGUAGAUUGGAGAACUCUUGGGUGUUUGUUAAAUAUUAAAGACAACCAUUUAGAUAUGAUUAAUCAAGAUUACACUAAAACUAAUGAAAAAGCAUAUUUUAUGUUGUCUAAAUGGAUGCAAAUGAAUAAAAAUCCAACACUUGAAGAGUUAAAAACAGCUUUAAAGAACAUGGAGAGAAUUGAUCUCAUAAGAAAAUUAGACGAAUUAACAAAGACUUCUAAUUCACCAGAAAUUACUCACAGAUUUUAUUCCCAAAAAGAUACAUCAGAAAUAUGCACAGCAUUAAAAAAUUGUUAUCUUGUCAAUUAUGGGAAAAUAAAUGAAAUUCAACCACCAUCAAAAGUACCUGCAAAUGUUGAUCUUUUACAUCAAUUUGUUGAUCUAUGUAUUGUUGAUGCAGUGAAUGCUCAAAUGGAUGUUUUGUUUAGUGUUGAACGAAAGAAAUUUCUUGAAAAGCAAAUGAGUUAUACACCAAUAUCAUAUAGUGAAAUAUUUAUGAAAGAAAAAUCUGUAACUUUAGUAUCUGGAAUAGCUGGUAUUGGGAAAACAUGGUUGCUUAGAAAAUGUUUGCUUGAUUGGUCAAAUAAUUUAAUUUGGAAAAUUGUUGAACUUGUCUUUUAUUUGGAAUGUAGGAAGCUUAAUCAACAUCAAAAUAUUUCUAAUAUUAAUGAAUUACUCAAUGUUUUCUAUAAAGAUAUUACAAAUGAUUUUAAUAUUAGAAAUAAUACUGCAAUGUUUAUCAUUGAUGGAUUAGAUGAGUUUAAAUAUUUAAAUGAAUUAGUAAAUCCAAAUUUGACUUGCAGUUAUCCAAUUGUUAAUGCUUUAGCAGAAAUUCGAAAAUACAAAUCUGUAGUUGCUGGUAGAGUUUAUGCAAUUGAUCGGUAUCAAAGUAUAUCUACAGAGCAUAGUGAUAAAUUAAUCAUUCAAAUAAUGGGGUUUAAUGAAAAUGGAAUAAAUGAUUAUGUAGAAAAUAAUGUUAAAGAAGAAAAAAAAGAAGUUGUAAGAGCAACUUUAAAGAGGUCUCCAUUUGCAAAAGCAAUGGCAUCUGUUCCGUUUUAUUUAUCUUGCAUUAGUAAAAUUAUCAGUGAUUCAAACAAAAUAUAUGCAACAUCUUUCUUAACGAUGACAGAUUUGUAUGCAAAUAUUUUUUUAUUCUUUUUGCAAAAACACAUUAUCAAAAAUGAUGGUUUGGUUUAUCAAUUGAUGGAAAAUGAAAACAAUAAGAAAUAUGUUUUAAGCAUUUGUAGGAUAGCUUUCGAAUUGUUUAUUGCAAAUAAAUUUAUAUUUUCAAAAGAGGAAGUUUUACUGUUUAUCACUAACUUUAAUGAAGUUGAAGAAUGUCUUUUUGGUUUUAUUGAAAGGGUUGAAACACAUUUAGGCUAUCAUUACCAAUUCGCACAUUUGACACUAAUGGAGUUUUGUGCAUCUGUAUAUGCAUAUAAUUGUUUAAGUUGUAAAGAAAUUAUGGACAAUAAAAAGCUGCAAAGUUGUUUAUCAAUGAUCUCUGGAUUAUUCAAUAAAAGCCAAAAUAGUUUAAUAAAGUUUCUUGUUAAUCUGAAUCCUUCAAAAAAAUCUAUUGAGGAAUCUUCAUUUUUGUUGUCUAUUUUAGAUCGUCGAUUAUCGAAAUAUAAUGACAAAAGUUUAUUCAUUGAAUGUUUUUAUGAAAGUCAAUCAUUUACUGAUGAAAUAAAAUCAAUCGUUGAUAAACGACGAUGGUGGUGGAUUUCGAUUGACGAUGGAAAAACUUCUUACGAAACUUCUUGCGAUAAUUAUUUCGUAAAUCAUUUCAUAAAAUCUGGAAGAAAGUUAACGUGGUUAAAUGUUGAUAAAAAUAUUUUAAGUGAUGAAGAAAAAAAUCUUUUAAUUCUUUGUUCAACUAAUGUUUGCGAUGUCAACUUUUAUCGUCCAAUUAAAUUCGAAGGAUGGAAACCGAAAGAUAAGAUUGAAAAGUUGAGGAUAUCGAUCUCACAUGAUUUUAUAACAAAGAAAGAUUUUGAAGAAAACUUUCUUCCAUGGAUUAAUCUUUGUGAAGAAUUACAUCUUUACCUUCACGACGACAUUGAUUUUAUUGAUGAUGUUUAUGAAUGGAUUCGUUGUUCGAAUGUCAAGAAGUUUAAGAUCAAGUACCGUGGAAAAGAUUUUCGUAACCUCGAUGAAUUAAAAAACUUUAUAACACGUAAAAAAUGUUUAAUAUCUUAAAUAUGUAAAAUAAAAAUAAUAAUUAUAAAAUAAUAAAUUAAAUAUUUAAUAUAUUAUUUUAUAAUUAAAUAUAUUUUAAAA